UAAUACUUAAUGCGGAAAAAACAAAAAGUUUUUAAAGUGCGUUUUUGAUUGUUUGGUUUUGCAAAAUUUGACCCAUAUUUAAAUCACAAUUAAAGCACAUAUAAAUAGUUGGUGAUUGUAGGAGCACAAAUGGACAAAGCAAUUGAAAUGAUUGAUGAGGUUGAGAGCAGAUCAAACACUGAACUGUCUGAUCUUGAAUCAGCAAUAGUAAAUAUUGCCAAGAUUGCAGCAACGGCUGGUUGCGAUAUGUGGAAGGUUUUUUUGAAAACACAAGCAUCGAAUAUCAAAAUAGUAUCAACAGUCGAUCCAAGAGAUGCAGCCGAAGAAGAAGAAGCCAAACUACAAAUUCUUAUAAAGAUUUUUCAGAAAGUUAUCACAAGUCUGUUAUUUUUACCCAAGCCGGAGGAAAAUUCGGAAACUUCAGGGGAAAAAAACGAGACCAGAUUUUUCCAACAUAUAAUAAUUGGAAACGUCACAAACUCAAUGUUGAAUAUGAUAAACUGCAGCAUCAGUAUCGGCCGCAAAUGAAAUAUGUAUAUUUUUUAUUUUGUUUU